UUUGUGAGAAGAUAUUGUGACAGUAGUGAUUUAGAGGAAUGCAAAGUCUUUUGGAUUUAUUAUACCUUGCAUCAUGGUAUGAUGCCGGAAUCCAUCAAGCGGAAUGAGUUAUUUAAGCGGCAAUGUAAGGGUACCGAAAGCGAAAUAUCAAACACACACAUGAGAAACAAAUAUUUUGAAAAUCUUGUGAAAAUUUUGCCCGAUUCAGAACAAAAAGAAGUUUUCAUGGAAAUCGACGAGGUUCUAAAUAAAGACACCGUCGUGGUUGAAGAAAUGAUUGGUGUAUCGGAAGUUACGGACAUGGACGACGAGAUUUUAAACCGACCUCGUGAUAACGCCAAGGAUAAAACGCCAAUCGCUCAUUCUGUGCUAUUUGGUCAUUCACCAUUCUCUGCAUCAUCCACAUCAAAAUCUCCCGAAAAACCAAAGAAUAUCGAACUCCCAGCCCUACCAAACCAUUCCCCAUUUUCAUCACCACAAAACGAACGCACGCCUAAAAUCGUGGAGACACCAAAAAGUAAAAGAAGGGCAGGGCGACCGAGAAGCGAGACGCCAAAGAGUGCUACUCACACAAACAUCGAUCUUGCCACACCGGAUCGAAGAAUCACCCGGA